AUUGCGGCAGAUAGACGCCUGUCAGAGCUGUCCCCUGGCAACGGGGCGGGCCGCUUCAGGAGAAAAUCCUUGGACUGCCCAACCGGAAAGCGGAAAGCGAAUCCAGUUGGUGAAGUUGGGAAGGUGCUGGGAAGAUUUCAUCUCUUCCAGCGUCUAGAGAGCCCUGGCAGACCCGAGGAAGGAUGGGGAACAAUGGGAGCUGCUCAGAGCCGAACGUUGGUUCGCAGUUUCUCCCAGAGGAGCGGGCCGAGGUGGACAGACUGUUCGGGGCUCUGUCGGAGAAGAGCAGCUCAAGCACCUCGCCCAGAUCCUUCUCCCUGAAGGCACUGAAGAGCCACAUUGGGGAAGCUCUCCCCCCAGAGAUGGUCAUCAGACUGUACGAUGGCAUGUGCAGGGUUGAUGUGACGGGACAGGCCAAGGGGCCCAGCGGGAGUGUCUCCCGGGAGCAGUUCACAUUGGCGAUGUCCCACCUGCUAAAAGGGAACUCCAAGGAGAAGAGUCUCAUGAUCCUGAAGAUGGUUUCUGCUACAGGUGGUGCUGUGAAAGCAAGAGAAAUCCAAAAGUUCACAGAGGAUCUCGUUGGCGCUGUAGCGCACGUGCUGACCCACAGACAGGAGCUGAGAGGCUGGACUCAGAAGAAAGCCCUAGGCCCCCCGCCCAGGGUGAGGGUCCUGGCUGCUCAGCUGUUCUCCGAGAUGAAGCUUGCAGACGGCAAGAAGCUGCUGGGGCCUCAGCACCUGGACUGUGACUGUGACCCAGCUGUGAUCGAGGACUGGGUGUACAGGGUCCACCUGGUGCCCACAUUCCUGAGUGUGGUCAUCCACAGGGGCUUCCUCCUGCAGUCGUCCCUCAAUCUGGCCACUCUGGUCCCCCAGCGUGAAGUGGACCGGGGCCAGGAGUUUGAGAGUGUCCUGGACGUGCUGUCGGUCAUCUAUGUCAACUCCCACCUGCCCAGGGAGCGGCAGCACCGCUGGCACCUGCUCUUCUCGUCCAAGCUCCACGGGCACAGCUUCGCGCAGCUCUGCGGGCGCAUCCCCCGCCAGGGGCCCUGCGUGCUGCUCCUCGAGGACUGCGACGGCCACGUGUUCGGUGGCUUUGCCUCCUGCUCCUGGGCGAUCAAGCCUCAGUUUCAAGGGGACGACAGAUGCUUCCUGUUCUCCAUCUCGCCCCGCAUGGCUGUGCACACUUGCACGGGCUACAACGACCACUACAUGUACCUGAAUCAGGGGCAGCAGACCAUCCCAAAUGGACUGGGCAUGGGCGGGCAGCAUAAUUACUUCGGGCUGUGGAUCGACGUUGACUUUGGGAAAGGACACAGCAAGGCCAAGCCCACGUGCACCACGUACAACAGCCCUCAGCUGUCAGCCCAGGAGGACUUCCGGUUUGAGAAGAUGGAGGUGUGGGCGGUGGGAGACCCCCCCCAGACGGAGUCGGCCGCCAGCAAGAAGAGCGUUCUUGAUUCGAACCCCGAGGCCCAGGUCGUGCUGCUGAUGAGUGGGCACACUCGCCACAGCGAUGGGCUCCGGGAAGUCCCCGACCAGGAGUGAGGAGGAGCCCGGAGCACGACCCCCUGGAUGAGAGCACACAGCUUGCUCACCUUGUCCCCAUCCUGUGCGCACUUGGCUUUGACACAGAGCUGCACUGGCCAUGUUCAGGGCGUCCUGGACGUGCUCAAUGGGGACAGUAAAAUUCCCCUGAUGAUUAGCAGGUAUAUCUCCCAGGUAACCUGAAUGUCAAAUCAGCAGCUUAGCUCUUACACUUCGUUAAUUUAGACCACUGAAAUGCAAAGACACGGAGACAUUUGGGACCUCUGGUGGAAUCAGCAUUUGAUGGGCAUAGAGUUCUUGUGUACAGGAGGUUCCCCUCGCUGGGGGUCUCUCAGCCUCUUGCCAGGCCUUCCCAGUUACAGCGCCUUGACUUCCGUUUUGACUGGUAAAGGACAGAGGCGUUUGAAUGGGAAUUUCAAUGUUUUUCAAUGUGUUAAUAGGGGGAAAUAGUCGAAGAUUUUGGAUCUAAAAGUGGCACUGGUGUUCACUAGGUGUUUAUGAUAAGGGUCCAUAUCUGCCUUCUCGGCUGUUUUUAAAGGAGUCGGCGCCACGAGCAGAUGGGAAAGUGAGACGGAGACGCAAAGUUGGGUUUCUGUUGCUGAUCUAGUGUGGGGACGUUUGGAGGCCCUGUGUGGCCUGUCGCAUACAUUAGUGGUGAGGGGCUUGCAGCACUGGCCUGGGUUCCGGGCCUGCAGACUCACCCCUGCCAGGAUCAGCUCCCUGUGCAGUGCUGCCCCCGCAGGGGAGGGCUGGCGGUUCCACAGCCUGGGCUCUCUUUGAACACACCCCAGAGAUCCUGAAAUGCUGGCAACCACUUAGGUGGGCUGGGCUUCCGUGGGGUGGGCUGGCGAGCAGAGCUGCCACCUCCCAGCCCUGAAAGAACUCUGUAAACACACUGAGAAUCCCCUCCUUCAAGGAGCUGGGGGUUCCUCCCUCAGACAUAUACCUCAUCCUCCUGUCUUUUGCUAUGCACUUGGACCUUUGAUUACAGAGUUUGCUCUGAUUAUAAGCCAUAACAAACUAAGCUGUCUGCAUUUUGAAGUCUCUGUAUCUUCUACCAGGAGGCUCAUCAACCUUUGCACUUAGCAGUGCCCUUGACUGAGCAGGAGGGUCCUGCAAAGCAGCCUUCACAAGGAAAGCACACGCUCAGAUGGUGUGUGGAGGGUGUGCAGGGGCAGCAGCAUGACACACACAGAUUUAGUCAUGGUUGAUUUUCCUUAUGAAAAGCCAGUUUAGCCCUGGUUGGUGUGGCUCAGUUGGUUGGGGGUUGUCCUGUGAACGAGAAGGCCACCAGUUCGAUUCCCAGUCAGGGCACAUGCUAGGUUGCAGGUUCAGUCCCCAGCCAGGGCUCAUAUAAGAAGCAUCCAGUCAAUUUUUCUCAUAUUGAUGUUUCCCUUUUCUCUCUCUUAAAAGAAAAAAAAAGAGGGGCCAGAUUAUUAAGCUUCUCGGGGAUAUUAUGUGAUUUCUUAAUGGGGUAGCAGGUACAAGAUUUGGGGAUCCUCAGAUAUCCUUACCAUAAAUCUGAAGGGUCUUAAAUCUUCAGUUUAUUGUGGAAUUAAAGAAAUUAAAUAAAUACAGUUAAAUACCUCCUAAUAAAAGAUCCAAUGGUGUUUGUGCCUCGAGUGCCCUUUACUGCCGCCUCUGCCUGUGGCUGUCAGAGGGGCUUAGUUUUGUCUGGGUGCCUGUUUCCUACCUUGCCCUUGUUCUCACGAGACUGCAGAUCACAGAUGCGGACAGGUUUCUGAGGACUGCGCACUUACAGGGGGAAGGAGGGUGCGCAGUCCAGGUGCUCGGGAACCUGGGGGUGCUGCCCUGGUGGUGGGCCUGCUGUUCUUUCUGGGCGCACAAACCCCUAGGGUGCCAAUCAUGGUCAGGCCCUGGCCUGCUGCACCAGGCCCUGCCUGGGACCAGGAGACCCGCGAUGCUUGUUUUAACAAACAUUCUGUUAUGGAGCAGGAAUAACAGUUCUGGUUGGAGAGACCAGUGGUCUCCCCAUAAGUGAAGACUCAGCACUCAAAGAGGUGCCAGAAGGAAGAGGUGCAAAAAUGCAGCUCCUGAUACAAACAUGGCUAUUAUUUUUCCCCACCAUAUUUUUAAUGAAAAAAAAUUACCAUAUGUGUACAUGGUAAAAAAAAAAAAAGGUCAAAAUAUAAGGAUAUAAUUUGAAAGGGAAAUCCUCCCCACUGGCCCCUUCCUAGCAUUUCCCUCCCAAGAGGCAAAGCGCUCCUGAUAAAGCCACAUAGGUCUCCUUCCGGAGGUAACUCCGCACACUCAGCCUGAUUGUGUUUUACGCUCCGGUGCGUCCCUCCCUUCUUAUUGCAGAGAGAUGGCUCCGUAUUCACCCGUCUGUUUCCCUCUGUUUUCGUCCACUGUGUAACGUCCCAUUACACGGAAGCACCGUCAUUGCCAGCGUUCAGCCAUCCCUGUGUGCGGAACAUUUUGGUCGCAGCUGACUGGCUGCAGUGAGUAUCCUGUGUGUCUCCGAGUGAUGUUUGUCUGGAGGCUAAACCCUUGGAGGCUGAACUGUUGGAUCAGAAGGUGUGUGAAUUUCUAUUUAGAUACUGAGAGGUUAACUUUUUGAGCUCAAUUUAUACUUUUAACAUACUAGAGUGCUUGUCGGCUAUAUUUGCACCAACACAAUUUAAAUUUAGUUUUUGUUUACUGAAUAACAUGAAAAUUGUAACAUUAUUUUCUGUUUCUUUUAUGCGUGACAGAGAACAGCUUCAUUUCUCAGAAGCCAGCUGUUUUGUAUCCUUCAUCUAGUUUUCCAGAGUGUGGGUCUUUCUAACUGAUUUGCAAGAGUGCUUUUUUUGAAUGAGGCAAGUUAGCAUUUGAUGUGUAUGGCAAAUAUUUUUCCAGUUUGUUCAACUUUCUUUUUCUUCACAUAAAUUUUGCAUUUUAUGCCAUCAUAUUUGCCAGCAUUUCCUUUUAAGUCUUGAGACUUGAAGCUUUUCGUGACUUUGAGAUAAAAAAGUCCCUGUUUUCUUUUACUUCUGUGCUUUCUAUUUUUACACCUACAUCUUCAAACCAUUCAAAAUGUAUUUUUAAAUACACUUCUCUUAGCCCAAAGCAAAUUCCAGUACCUUUUAUAUUAAAUGGUAUGUCUCUUUCUCACUGACUUAAAGUGCUACUUCUUCAUUAACUGAAUUUCUGAAUGAACUUAGAUUGCUGUUUCAUAUUUUAACCACUGGAAUUUUAGGAUAAAAAGAUGUAAGAGCUAUUCCCUUAUAACUACUGCUUUUCAGAAUUUUCCUUCAUAUGCUUGCCUGCUUAUUUUCUGUCACCUUUGGGAGCAUUUUGUCUACUUCUAAACAGUUUAGUAGUAGCAUUUUCCAAAUAGCAUUAAAUAUAGAUUAUGUAGGCAGAACUGACUUUUGGUUAAAAAUUUAUGAUUCUUGCUAUCCAAGAACGGGAUGUCUAAGUUUGCUACGUAAAUUUUUGUCGUCAUUGCUGGCACUAUAAGUGAACCAUUCCCCCCAACCCCAAAAUGAUUGAUUGAACAUAGAAAAGCUCUUGAUUUCCCUACAUGUUUUUAUCCAGUCGCCUGCUGAAUUCUUUCAUCCAGUGGCUCUCAGUCCUGAGCCUGCACCGGCAUCCUCUGGAGGACGUCUUCAAAUGCAGACUAUGGGGCUCCACACCUGGAGUUUGAUUCAGUCUGUCUGGGAGGGAGGGUCCCAGGAAUUCAUAUUUCCAAUCAAAUUCCCAGGUCUUGCUGAUGCAUCUGGUCCCGGGACCUCACACUGAGAACCGCUGCUGUUUACUAUUCUUGAUCAUCUCUGAAUUCCCUGGGAGUUUGCAGGUGGUAUCUUUUUUUUUUUUUUUGGUCUGAAAUCUUUAUCUUUGCUUUCAAUUUUUGAACCAUUGUUUUUGUUCUGCUUUUUGAAAGAUAUGUCAACAUAUUUUUCCCCAACCGCUUUAAAGCUGUCUUUCUGCUGUGUUUUAGCUUGCAGGAUUUCUAUUUCUUCUUCCCCAGCUUUACUGAGAUGUAAUUGACAUAGACUGUUGUGAAAGUUUAAGGUAUGUGACAUGUGAUUGCAGGUAAUGUGAUUGCAUACCUGGAAAUGAAGAUAAUUUCCCCAG